CUGUUUAUCCUGAGAUCGAUAGUUUGGGAUAAUUAUUGCAAAAACGCUUUCUGACACUGUGUGCAGAAUGAUCUCCAAUACAACUCUUUCCCUUCACUCCAACUCCAAAAUCUCAAUGUUCUAUGAGAAAACGACAGCAGACAUUGUCUUCUACUCAAUCAUAGUUCUCAUUGGCACCACUGGGAACUCUGUGGUCAUCUGGGUGGCUGGCUUCCGCAUGAAACCCACUGUCACAAACGUUUGGCUGGUCAAUCUCGCUGUAGCAGACCUGAUCUUCUGCUUGACACGAGUCACUUCUCUCAUCAAAAGCAUUUUCUAUGACCACUGGCCUUUUGGAGUUUUUCUCUGCAAGUUCAAUGGUUUCUUCAAGUACGCCAACAUGUUCUGCAGUGUUUUCCUUCUGGCUGUCAUCAGUGUGGAUCGAGCGCUUUGCAUUUGCCGCCCAGUGUUCACCAGAAAACGACGGACGUUAUGUGCUGCUCGUGUGGUCAGUGUGGGAGUUUGGAUUGCGGCGGUGGUGUUCAGCUCACCGUACUUUGUGUACCGACAGGUCUUCCUUGGCAAGAACAACUUGAGCCACUGCUCAUUCAAGGAGAAAGGAGCAGCAGAAGCAGAUGGCAGUUCGGCAAAGUAUGUCUACUAUUUCAUUCGUUUCAUCUGUGGAUUCUUGUUGCCCUUCCUGGUCAUCCUUAUCUGUUACAUAUUAGCUGCUGUUGGGAUACGCAGAACACGGCUCUCUGGAAAAUCAAGGCCUCUUCGGAUUCUUGUCGUAUUGGUCUGUGCCUUUUUCUUAUGCUGGGCCCCCUACCACUUUAUUGGGCUGGUCAAGUUGGUGAAUAAAGACAACGAGGCAGUAAAAGAAGGAUGGACUAUGGUUUCAAACUUAGCCUAUUUCAACAGCUGCAUUAACCCAGUUCUGUAUUUCUGCAUGGGACUGGAUUUUAGUCGACGCUGCAACCAAAGUUUGUCUGGGGUUUUUCGCAGAGCUCUUAUGGAGGAAGGCCAAAGUCUCUCACAGCAAGGCACUAGAGAAGAAAGCUGUAAUUCCAUUCCAAAGACGGCAGACACUGAGUGUGAAACUAAAGUUUAA